GGAGAUCCUGAGGCCGAAAGCGACGAGGACGCUGACGAAGAGGAAGUGAAGGAGGCCCUGGCUAGACCUCCGCCUGUGAAUAGUGAUUAUCUUCCUCUCCCUUGGAAAGGCCGCCUUGGCUAUGCUUGUCUGAACACUUAUCUUCGAAACUCAACCCCUCCGGUCUUUCAGUCUCGCACAUGUCGCAUACAGUCGAUCCUGGAGCAUCGCCACCCUCUGCAAGACCCAUCUCAGCCCGAGCAUCCGACCAAAAAUCGGCCAGAUCGUAGCAAGCCUGCCGACGUCGCACUGGGUCAGAAAUAUGUCGAGGAGCUAUGUCUUGCAAAUGUCCGAGACAUCGCGAAGAUGAUCCGUUGGAAUCAUCGCUAUCACAUCAAGUUCCUCCGCCUGUCCUCCGAAAUGUUUCCAUUUGCAUCACAUCCCGAAUAUGGGUAUAGCCUCGCUCCAUUUGCGAGCGAAGCUUUAGCAGAGGCUGGUAAAGUCAUCGCACAGCACGGCCAUCGUGUGACUACACAUCCUGGCCAGUUCACUCAGCUUGGAAGCCCCAGACGAUCCGUCAUAGACAACGCCAUCCGCGAUCUUGCCUACCACGAUGAGCUACUGACGCUGCUGAAACUACCGGAGCAGGACAACAAAGACGCCGUCAUGAUUCUCCAUAUGGGUGGAGUCUUUGAGGGCAAAGAGGAGACCCUCCAGAGAUUCCGUGAGGAGUAUGUCAAGUUGCCUCAGAGCAUCAAGAACCGUCUCGUGCUUGAGAACGACGAUGUCAGCUGGACGGUACAUGAUCUCCUGCCCGUCUGUGAAGAGCUCAACAUUCCUCUGGUACUCGACUAUCACCAUCACAACAUCAUGUUCGACGCAGACAAAAUUCGAGAGGGCACCAAAGACAUCAUGGAUCUAUACCCUCGAAUCAAAGCCACUUGGGAUCGGAAAGGCAUAAAGCAGAAGAUGCAUUAUUCAGAGCCAACCCCAGCAGCAAUCACUGGACGCCAACGUCGCAAGCACAGUCCUCGCGUAGCGACGUUACCACCGUGCGCCCAGGACAUGGAUUUGAUGAUUGAGGCCAAAGACAAAGAGCAGGCCGUACUCGAGCUGAUGCGCAUUUUCAAGCUCCCUGGAUAUGACACCUUCAACGAUGUGCUACCCUACACCAGAAAUGACGAUAACAAAGUCGCGCUUGCCGCUAUGAACAAAAAGAAGAAGUCCAACGACGAACCUGACCCAGUCUUGAUACCUGAAGAAGAUGUGGGCAUGGGUGGUCCAGAAGGACGCGUAUACUGGCCACCAACCAUGGAAGAGUGGCUACGCCCCAAGAAGCGCGAAGUCAAGAAGAAAGAUGGUGCUGAAAAGGCACCAACCAAAGCACAGAAAGCCAAACGAGAAGCCGCAGAGAUAUAUGCGGCAAAUGAGGCUGCGAAGAACGCUGGGAAAACAGAACCAGAUGUCAAGGAGGAAGAUCACGAGUCAGAUCUGGAAGCCACGCCUGCAACCAAGAAGGCCAAAGCUGCCAUGCGUGCCAAGGCGAAAGCUGAUGCUGAGAAAGCUGCUAUCAAAGCCGCGGCUGUGCAAGUUAAAGCAGCCAACAAGCCUGCUCCUAAGAAGAAGGGGAGGGCGAAGAAGGAGCCUCAAGCUGUGCCAACUCCCAGCGCGUCCGACGAGGAGUCUGUUGAGGAGCCACACUUGCAUGAUGACGAGGAGGACGAUGUCCCUGCGCCCGUAGCCAAAAGACCGGAACUUUCACGUCAAGCCAGCAGGCGAACCGCUAAGAGCAGAGUGAGCUACAAGGAAGAUGACGACGAG